GGCCUCCUUCGUCUUUCUCGUUUAUUUUUCACAUCGUCCUUUAUCCAAAAACCUUUUUUUUUUCCGUUUUUUUGACCAUUUUUUCAGCAUUUGUGCCUGUUUGUUCUUGUGGGUUUUUUAAUGAGAAUCCAUCUCUGUGAUUUGGAAGAAACUCAGCUGAUCUGGGAGUCUGACUGAGGGAAGAUAUUACAAGAAGCGGUUUUGUCUCGACCGCCAUCAUGGCCACGGAAGAAAUGGGUGGAGACGUUCUAAUGGAGAGUCAAGAUAUGGUCAGCCACCCAGAACCGGGCGGUACCACUCAAGGGAGCGAUCCAGGUGGGUUGUCUGUGCUGGAACAACUGGGUCUGGACCAAGGCUCAGACUUUUCAGAUCCAAGCGUACAGCAGCGGCUGGACGAGGAGCGUGAGAAGAUCCGCCGGGAGAUCCGCAAAGAGCUGAAGAUCAAGGAAGGUGCAGAGAACCUGCGACGGGCAACCACUGACAAGCGCAAUGCCCAGCAAGUGGACAACCAGCUGCGCUCCUCCAACCGGCGACUCCAAACGCUUCAUGUCCAGCUUCAGGAACUUGACGCCCAUAUUGUUGUCAAGGGAACGGAUGAGGCUCGCGAUGACGUGCCUCGGUCUCCUGGCACAGAGAGUCGUGCAUCGGCCCAUCAGGAGCGCAUCGCCGCACUGGAAAGGCAACUCAACAUAGAGCUUAAAGUCAAGCAGGGCGCCGAGAACAUGAUCCCUAUCUACGCUAACGCCUCUACCAAGGAUAAGAAGAUGUUGCAGACCGCACAGCAGAUGCUCCAGGACAGCAAAACCAAAAUUGACAUCAUUCGCAUGCAGAUCCGCAAAGCAGUGCAGGCCUACGAACACAAUGAGGACAUACAAGGAAAGCCUGACCCGUGCGGGAUAGAGCUGAGGAUCGAGGAACUGAGGCACCACUACAGGGUGGAGCACGCUGUUGCAGAGGGAGCCAAAAAUGUGCUGAGACUGUUGGGAGCCAACAAAGUACAGGACAAAAAAGCCAUGUCAGAGGCUCAGUGUCGUCUGAGCGAGUCUUCUCAGAGGCUGGAUCUGCUGAAGGUUUCUUUAGAUCAACGUUUGGCUGACCUGCCUGAGGAUCAUCCCAAAGCUUGUCUGAUCAAAGAGGAGCUCGUCCUGGCCUCCUCACCCACAUUCAGCUCGCGUCACGGCACUCCCUACCUUCACAACCAGUACAGCACACUGUCCAAACCCUCCCCUCUCACUGGCAUGCUGCAGGUGAAGCUACUAGGCUGUGUGGGAUUGUUGGAGGUGGUUCCGGGUCGUAGCCGUGGCAGCCCUGUGGUGUUGCCGUGCCACAGUCCCGGCGAGGCUCGCUCCUUCAUACGCGGUGGGAAAGGCCUGUACAGCCGCAGUGGCAGCGUCAGCGGCAAGAGUGCACUGAAAACAGAUGAGCUCUCCACGGAGGUGAGUGCUGUGCUGAAGCUGGAUAACACUGUGGUUGGUCAGACAGCAUGGAAAACAGUCGGAGAUCAUACCUGGGACCAAACGUUUACUAUAGAUCUGGAACGGUCUAGAGAAAUGGAGAUAGCUGUGUAUUGGAGGGACUAUCGCUCUCUGUGUGCACUGAAAUUCCUGAAGCUGGAAGAUUUCCUGGAUAACCAGAAACACACAGUUAAGCUGGAGCUGGAGCCACAGGGCCUGCUGCUGGCAGAGGUGACAUUCUUUAACCCAGUCAUCGAUAGAGUUCCACGCCUUAAGAGACAGAAGAAAGUAUUCUCUAAGCAGCAGGGUAAAGCUUUCCUGCGCGCUCGCCAGAUGAACGUGGAUAUCGGCACAUGGGUGCGGCUGUUAAGAAACGCCAUUCCAACCGUUAACAACACGGGAACCUACAGUCCUAAUGCAGCUCACACAAUACACUCUGGUGAGAUCUCUGUUGAGAAACUGAGCCUGGACACGGAUUCCCCCAUGAAAGUGGAGCUCAGGAGAGACAUGACAGAUGGACAAACACUGGAGAGACCACAUGUCAUUGAGCCAAGCUCUCCUCAGGACUCUUCUACACCUCAACGACCCAACAGAACAUACUCGCUCAGCAGUAAACAGAAGAAAACUCCACUGGGGCUUCAGGAUUUCAGGUUGAUUGCCGUGCUGGGUAGAGGUCAUUUUGGCAAGGUAUUGCUGUCAGAAUAUAAGAAAUCAGGCUCAAUGUAUGCCAUCAAGGCACUGAAGAAAGGAGACAUUGUGGCCAGAGAUGAAGUGGAGAGCCUGAUGUGUGAGAAGCGGAUCUUUGAGAUAGUGAACAGCUCUCAGCACCCGUUCCUGGUGAACCUGUUCGCUUGCUUCCAGACACCGGAGCAUGUGUGUUUUGUCAUGGAGUACACAGCGGGCGGAGAUCUGAUGAUGCACAUCCAUGCCGACGUGUUCAACGAGCCGCGGGCUGUGUUCUAUGCUGCCUGUGUGGUGCUUGGCCUUCAGUUUUUACAUGACAACAAGAUUGUAUAUAGGGACCUAAAAUUGGACAAUCUGCUGCUCGACACAGAAGGAUAUGUGAAAAUAGCUGACUUUGGACUGUGUAAAGAAGGUAUGGGAUUUGGGGACAGGACCAGUACGUUCUGUGGCACUCCAGAGUUUCUGGCUCCGGAGGUUUUGACGGACACGUCCUACACACGGGCGGUGGACUGGUGGGGACUCGGAGUCCUGAUCUACGAGAUGCUUGUUGGAGAGUCUCCGUUUCCAGGAGAUGACGAGGAGGAGGUGUUUGACAGCAUAGUGAACGAUGAAGUCCGUUACCCACGAUUCCUGUCGUCAGAAGCGAUCGGCAUUAUGAGGAGGCUGUUGAGGAGGAAUCCAGAAAGGAGGUUGGGAUCUGGAGAGAAGGAUGCUGAAGAAGUUAAGAAGCAGCCUUUCUUUAGGAAUAUGGACUGGGAGGCUCUCCUCCAGCGUAAACUUCCUCCUCCGUUCGUUCCCACUAUUGGAGACCAAGAAGAUGUGAGUAACUUCGAUGAAGAAUUCACGACCGAGGUGCCGACCCUCACGCCGCCACGAGAACCGCGCGUGCUCUCCCGCAAGGACCAGGACAGCUUUCGUGACUUUGACUACGUCUCUGACCUCUGCUGAGCUCCUGACAUGGUUGCAGUGAGGUCAGAGAUCAUGCAGGAGCCAUCUAGGAUUGUUUCUUUUUCCCAAAUGUGAUAUUAUAACAAAA